ACUAACUUUUUGGUAGCUGGGAGGAACUUGAGGAGAAGCCUAGGCCUGGCCAGUGGACUUACUUUGAGCGCAAAACGGAGGCUUAAAUGGCUGUUUCGAUGAAAGACUGAUAGACCCCUGGACUACUUGUAUUUAUUAGCCGACGUGUGUCAACUAAAAUGGGACGCAUCUGUGACAUUUAUAUCCGUUAUGAUACUUUACUUUUUCAUUAUUUUGCCUGCCUUCUCUCCAAAAAUAUCUUAUCAAGUUGCGUAAGAUAUGCUCACUUGUGGUGGGCUAUAGUGCUUCUGGGGUUGGGAUUCGAGAAUAUUCAACUGAAAAUCAUUUGGGGGGGGGAGGGGGAUCAUCUCUUUAUGUUUCUGCAGAGGAUACUCCAAUAGCGAAUUCUUGAUAUCCCUCUUUCCAGACAACUUCAAUAGACAU